AUGGCGGAUACUGCCGGCUACCCGACCGAUAGCAAGUUGGAUGCCCACAACAGCGUCCACACCAACAAGCGAAAGCGCGACACGCGCGACCAAGGCAUCAACCGGCCCGCACCACACAACUCCAACAGCGACUUGACCGACCAGGCCACCGCCUCGUUCCUUGCCGCGCACAACGCUGCUGACGACGACAUGCAACAGCAGUUUGACGUGCACCACAAUGGCGGCACCAAUGCGGCCAGUGUGGGCGAUACCGCAGCCGCCGCCCUUGCCUACCACCAGAUGACAGUGCCCCAAGCGACCGAGCUCCAAUUUCAGCCGCAAAAUUCCGGUGACGGCUCAUUUGGAAUGGGCGACCACAACCAACAACAAACGGGCAUGCAGGACUUCAGCCUCGAGGCUCUUAAGGCUGCAACCCAGACAGGCCGCCCUGGUCAAGCAGCGCCCAGCGACUCACCGCCGCAAAGCGCCACCCACAAGCCCCAGGUUGGCACAGAGGAGUGGCACAAGGUGCGGAGGGACAAUCACAAAGAAGUUGAGCGCCGUCGUCGCGAGACAAUUAACGAGGGCAUCAAUGAACUCGCCAAGAUUGUUCCAGGCUGCGAAAAGAACAAGGGCUCGAUCCUCCAGCGCGCCGUACAGUUUAUAACUCAGCUUAAGGAGAAUGAGCAGCAAAAUAUUGAAAAGUGGACGCUUGAGAAGCUAUUGACUGAGCAGGCCAUCACCGAGCUCAGCGCCAGCUGUGACAAAUUCAAAGCAGAGUGCCAACGUGCAUGGGACGAGUGCCAGAUUUACAAGCGCGCAUGCGAGAACAACGGCAUCCUGCCUGAUGAAAUCAAAGAACGCCAAGAAAACGGCGAGCAAACGGGGGCAAAUCCAAUGUAG